UAACGUGGACUUUCUUUGGCUCACAUUAUUGUGAGGUCCAUUCCUAUCAAUAUGCUUAUUCCUAUUUGGAUAUUGUGGUGGAAAAUACAUUUAUCAAUUUUGAAAGCCAUGAAUUUGUUGCUAUAAAAAUGAGGCAUCUUAUUUUAGUUUCUACACACCAAUUUUCAGUCUUGUUGUAUUUGUUUUUUAGAGGGUAUUUUGUAAGAGAGUUGUGUUGGAAAAUACUUGUAUGAAUUCGAAGUACGUGAUCUUGUGAGAUUAUUCUGUUGGGAGUUUUGAAAUCUCUAAUUUUGUACUUUUGUUCUUUUGCACUUUCUUUUGUAUUCUUUGGUGUUAGAAAAUUUGCACCUUCUGUCUUGGUUGUGGACGUAGGUAAUGUUUUCUUAUAUUCGUGCCUCCUUUAUUUUAAAUUCGCUCCUCUUUCGUGAUUGUGGACGUAGGUCAUGUUGACUGGAAGAUCACGUUAAAUUCGUGUCUCCUUUAUUUUAAAUCUGUGCCUCGUUCUUGGUUGUGGACGUAGGUCAUGUUGUCUGAACCACGUUGAAUUCAUGCCUCCUUUAUUUUAAAUCUGCGCCUCUUUCUUAGUUUUGGACGUAGGUCAUAAGUUCGUGCCUCCUUUAUUUUCUCAGCUUAUCACAACUAUCGUCUUUGUUACUGUCUUUAAUUGAUUACUUUAUCAUCCUAACACCAUGGAUAAACUUUUUUCCACUAUACUCCUACUCAUUCUUCUCCUAAUUUCAAUCUUUAUCCAUGGAACAAACUGCCAUGAAUUCUCAAGAAAGUUAUCCAAGAAAACAAUGGGACUAAAAAGACAGAAACUUAGUCACCUCCACUUCUACUUCCAUGACCAAGUGAGUGGCAAAAACCCUACAGCCAUUAAAAUAUGCAACACAUCAGUUACAGGAUUUGGACUUUUGGCUAUGAUAGAUGACACUUUAACCAUUGGACCAGAACCAAAUUCCAAAUUAGUUGGAAGAGCACAAGGGGUUUAUGCACAAUCUUCAUUGAAUGAUGAUAGUUUGUUGAUGGUUUUUAACUUUGCUUUUGUUGAAGGUAAGUAUAAUGGAAGUAGUUUAAGUGUAUUGGGAAGAAAUUCGGUGAUGUUGCCACUUAGGGAGAUGCCAGUUAUUGGUGGAAGUGGGGUUUUUAGGUUUGCUUAUGGUUAUGCUCAGGCAAAGACUUAUAGUUAUAAUGUCAAGACUGGUGAUGCUGUUUCUGAGUAUGAUGUUUAUGUCUUUCAUUAUUGAGUUACUUUAAGUUAACACUAUGUAUGGAUGGUUGUUACGUACUGUGUUGUGUUGUAUUGUAUCGUACUGUAAUGUGUUGGUGUCUUUCAAUAUUAUUGAGUUACUUUAGUUUAAGACUCUGUAUGGAUGGUUGUUACGUAUUGUAUUGUGUUGUGUUGUGUUGUAUCGUACUGUAAUGUGUUAGUGUCUUCCAUUGUUGAGUUACUUUAAUUUAAGACUUUCUAUGGAUGGUUUUUAUGUACAGUGUUGUGUUGUAUUUUAUCGUACUGUAAUGUAUUACUGUCUUUCAA